GUAAACAAACUCCACGAAGGUCAUCAUCCAUCGACAAAUCUCACAUCUCGAAUCAAUCUGCCUCCACGGUACUCGAACUCCUCAGGCAACAUGCAGAGCACCACUCCUAUUCCUCCACCACGCCUGCCACCACCGCGUGCGGCUCUUCAAGAUGUCACUGCCAGGGCCAAUCAGUCACCAGUCCCGCUUCCGCCCAUGGGGAAAGCCAUGGGGAAAACUGCGCCUGCAGUGAAGCCAUCCGCCGCUGCUGUCCCUGCGCCGUCAGCUGCUCCCGCCCCACCCGCUUCAAACAGCAGGAAGCGCAAGUCGGAUGCUUCGUCGUCUUCGUCCGAGGAGGCCAUCGCUGCCUACAAGCAGGAUCUUGAUCACAUCCAGGUGGAUCACAUGGCCGUCGACCGCGACUGCACCUACGUCAGGAACAUGAUCCAGAAGGUCCUCGACCGGGGCAUCUUCAAAAAGGGCGAGUUCUGCAACACCAUCGGGAGCAGCCCCAACUCCGUCAACAGGUUCCUGGCCCAGACUGGCAGGGACGGCGGCUCCGGGAGUGAUGUGUAUUGGAACGCUUGGGCUUGGUUCAAGAAGCGGGAGCUCGCCGGCCUGUCCGUGCCGGCUGCCUCUGCUACGACGCAGAAGAAGGCCAAGACAGCCCAGGCCCGCCUCUCAAACGCGAACGCGGACCUCGGCAGCAUCCACCUCGACGGCGAGGAGACGGACUCGGUCCCCGUCUUCGAGACGUGCGACGUCGUCCGGAGGAAGAUCACGGCACACCUCAAGACCCCUGGCCUCACCCAGGCCCAGUUCUGCCGCGACCUCCACGCGCAGCUCCACGCCCCUGGCUGCAAGUCCAUCCAGUCCAAGAUGCUGGCCGACUUCAGGAAGAAGAAGGGCCCCAUGGCUGGCUGCACCAGCUCCGUGUACUAUGCCGCUUAUGUCUACUUCGAGAAGCGCAGGCUGGCCGAGGGCAAGCCGAAGAGCAAGCACAGGCUUGAGAUGGAGGCCAUCUACCCCGGGGGUGCUGAGCGUGAGAGAGAUCCCAGUCAUCAACGGGUCUGGUGCCAUAAGGAUGAGGUAGUGAGUCAGGACGAGUACGGUCGUUUGUCAUUUACGAGGGUUCGAUGAUUUAUGCCAUCAAGACUCCUGAUGAGCCGACAGGUAUUUGCUCGCCGAGAUUGCUCGCCGAGUCUGGGCAAUAAUUGGCAAAAUUUGUUCGUCUGUGACGCCACGACAUGCCUUGUAUGAAAUAUCGCGAAGGUUGAUGCUUUUCAACAUACGCUUGAUUGCAAAUUCCAAAUCAUCUGAGCUUGCGGGACCGGGACCACAUCAACGAAGGCCUUGGGCUAUUUCUGAUGGCCCUCGAAGAACUGUAUGUACUAAGUGUGCUCACUCUUUAAUUCAAUCAAUUGAUCAUG